UAUAUAUCGGAGUUGGAGCUCGGCGACCUCUGCUACUUCGCUGCUGUUGUCUUCGUAGAUUUUGUAGGGUUUGGUGCUGAGAGAUGGGUGAGGAAGAGGCGAAGCAGGCGGCGCCGGAGACAGCUCCGCCACCUCAGGAGACAGCGCCUCCACCGCCGGAGACAGCGCCGCCACUUCCGGAGACAGCUCCUCCACCGCCGGAGACUGUGAAGGACGUGGCGGAGGAGAAGGCCCCGGUUCCUCCGCCGAAGGCCGACGAGAAGCCGGAUAAUUCCAAGGCUCUCGCCAUCGUCGAGAAAGUUCAGGAUCCACCUAAAGAAAAGAGCUCAGGGGGUUCUAUUGAUAGAGAUGCUGCUCUUGCAAGGCUUGAAUCAGAGAAGAGAUUGUCUUUAAUCCUGGCCUGGGAGGAAAAUGAGAAGACCAAGGCAGAUAAUAAGGCUGUUAAGAAAUUGUCAUCCAUUACUGCGUGGGAAAACUCUAAAAAGGCAGCAGUGGAAGCUGAGCUGAAAAAGAUUGAGGAAGCGCUGGAAAAGCAAAAGGCAGAGUAUGCUGAAAAGAUGAAGAACAAGAUUGCAUUGCUCCACAAGGAGGCAGAGGAGAAGAGAGCAAUGACCGAGGCCAGGCGUGGGGAAGAGCUCUUGAAAGCUGAAGAACAGGCUGCAAAAUAUCGUGCCACGGGGAUUGCACCCAAAAAGCUUUUUGGUUGCUUUUAAGCAUGAAACUGAUUGAUGCGUGGCUGGGAACAAACUAUUUUGUGAUCUAAUUCCUCUGUUGUGUGUGUGGGUGUGUGUACCAAUGUUUAUAAUUACGUUGAUGCUUGUAUUUAGUUAUGCUUCUCUCUGUAAAAGCUUGAUGCUUUUGUAUAUUGACUAGAGGAACAAAAGACUGGUUUGUAUAGUUUGCAUUAUAUUUGUAUUGUGGAUAUUCUUAUUUUUAAAUUUAA